AUGGUACUGGUGUUGUUUCCUUGGCAUCUUGAGGGCUUGGGACAUCGGUACAGGCGUUGGUGCAUGAUGAUGCCCAUGCUUGUGCCUAUGUCUGUGUCCAGUGUUUUAAAAGGCACAAUCGAGCAGGCAACCGUUGUAAGAGAGUGUCGAGAUAUUGCAGUCAUAGAGGAAUUUUUGGGAGCUUCGGGAGGUGUUAGUGUUGGUGCAGGUGAGAAAACCAAAUUUGGUGUUGGGACUAGUGAUGCAAUAGGUUGUGGUGGUGGUAGUGCUAGCACUGGCGCUGGUGGUGCCGUAGGUGGUGGAAUUGGUUGGGAUAUUGUGGGUGCAGGAGCAGGGGAUCCCUGUGGUGUUGGUGGUAUAGUCGGUGGAAGUACUGGCAAUAAAACCAUUGAUUGUGGAGGUACAACUGGUGGAAGUGUUGGUGGUGGAGAUGGCAAUCUUGGUGGCUGGGAUGGACUUCCUACUGGAUUUUGUGAAGGUUGUGGUGGUGAGACUUAA